GUGACGUGUAUAUCGGAAAUGGCCACGCAAGCGACUGGAAUCAUAACAUUGCAUUUGUAGUGUUUUUACUCAUCCUCACGUUGUUCUUUUUCAAUUACUUUAUUUCUCUUUUUCCAUGACGGAUAUUUAUAGCUAUUUUGGGGAAGCGGAAAUUAGAGGGAAACUUAAAUAUUUCUUUUGCAGCGCUGUGAAAACAUGAGGCGGGUCGCUGUGAAAGCUAACCAGCAGCUACUAGCAUUAGCUAGCAAAUGGCUGCUCAGCUGUGAUGUCUGUCACUGUCAGAAAUGACAAGACGACGUGCAAAAUAGUAGUGAAGCUGCUGGGAGGCUGUGAGCUGCACGGAGAGACGGUUAGCUAACAGCAUGUGACACAGAAGCCCCUCUGCUCGCCAAAGAGUUGGUUUCAAUCGAGAUGCCUCGUCUGGAGGAGCUGGCCAACGUCGCCCUGAGGGUGCCGAGCAUCCUGGUGCUGGACCUGCUCUACAAAUGUGACAUUGAAGGUUUAACGGAGCACCUCAAGGCCAAAAACGAAGACAUGCUCUUCAAGUAUAAAUAUGUCAUCUGGAACAUGUACUACAUCGGUCAUCUCAUAAAUGUGGUGGUGUUAGUCCUGCCGCUGAGACACAUUGUGACGCUCUACCUCCACAUCCUCGCCGCCCUCCUCCUGUACAUGGGGCAUCAGAUUUCCAAGGAUUAUGUUCGUGAGGAGCUGCAGUACGGUUAUGAAGGAGCUGUGUAUCUUGAUUCUUUGGCCUUCAACAGAUUUGUCUCUGCGAUGACUAGUCAGAUUAUUCUCAGCACGCUGUGUGCCUUCCUGAUGAAGACCAGAAAGGUGUGGCUGUUCUCCGCUCACAUGCUCCCCCUGCUGGCUCGACUCUGCGCUGCCCCUCACGCCACACUGCUAACGGUCAACACCUUCUCCAUGGGCCUGACUGCAGCCGGGAUCGCCGUGUUCCUCCUCUCAAAUCUCUUCGUGCCAUAUCGCCUCGCAAGGGCUGCCUACUCAGAGCUGCUUCACCUGGAGGUGAUCGAGCUGUACAGACUUCUGGCGGUGGGAAUCUCUCUGUGGAACCAGUUUGCCGUCCCAGUGCUCUUCAGUGUCUUCUGGUUUGUUCUGUUCGUCGUCCAGCUGUGCUCAGACACCAUGUCUGCCAGCGCCUCAGCAGCCCAUCAGGGAAUCAUGUUCUUCCUGCUCACAAGUGUCUCUGAAUGUUGUGCCACACCAUACUCCCUUCUGGGUCUGACCUUCGUGGUGUCCUAUCUGGCUCUCGGACUGCUCAACCUAUGCAAGUUCUACCUGGGAGGUUAUGCAGCUGUUCAGAACGAGAAUGUCAUGCACAGAGGAGUGACCGAAGGCGUCACUCUGCUGCUGCUCGCCCUUCAGACCGGCCUGUUAGAUAUGCAGGCACUACAGCGCACCUUCCUCCUCAGCAUCAUCCUCUUCAUCGUGGUGACUUCAACCCUGCAGUCAAUGAUAGAAAUAACAGACCCAGUUAUUCUGGCUCUGGGUGCGUCGCGCAACAGGAGUCUGUGGAAACAUUUCCGCGGCCUCAGCAUGUGUCUGCUUCUGCUGGUGUUCCCAGUGUUUAUGGCUUAUAAAAUCUCCCAGUUCUUCCACAUGGACUUCUGGCUGCUGAUACUGGUGUCCAGCUGCAUGCUGACCUCCCUUCAGGUUACAGGCACGAUGCUGAUCUACUCCCUCUUUAUGGUGGAGCUGUUUCGCAGCGACCCCAUCGAGAGCCUGGACGAAGUGAUCUACUGGGUGAACGCCGUCAGCCGGGUGCUGGAGUUCGUGGUGGCGCUGUGCGUGGUGGCGUACGGCACCUGGGAGUCGCUGUUCGGCGAGUGGAGCUGGAUGGGCGCCUCCGUCAUCAUCAUCCACUCGUACUUCAACGUUUGGCUCCGAGCUCAGUCGGGCUGGAGGAGCUUCCUGCUCCGGCAGGAAGCGGCGAAGAAGAUCAACUCCCUGCCCAGAGCCACGGCUCAGCAGCUGCAGCAGCACAACGACGUCUGCUCCAUCUGUUUCCAGGAAAUGAGCUCUGCCGUGAUCACCUACUGUGGACAUUUCUUCCACGGCAACUGCCUUCGCAAGUGGCUGUAUGUUCAGGAAACGUGCCCCAUGUGUCACCAAACGGUCCGACCGACGCCUCCAGCUCAGAGCCAGCAGGCUUCGGGAGACGCUCCGGCAGCUCCGCCUCAGAGAGACGCAGGUCCGGAUCCGGCUGCACAACAGGGAGUUCAGGACCCAGACAGCGGCGGUGGCGGCGGCAGGACUCAGGAGAGCGACGAUUUACCUCCGGAUGCCACCAAGCAGCAGCAGCAUCGGGAGGAGGAGGAGAGUGAAAACAAAGAGCAGCCAGCUGAACCUCACAGCGACGCCGUCCACGGUCUUCGUUUCAGCUCCAGUGGAGACUUUGUGGGAUUUGUCAGCCCAGUUUCUUCAGGUUCUGGUUCUCACGAGCCGCCGGGUAAAACUUCGCACAAUCAAGACGAGAGGGUCAAAGACUCGCCACUGCCAUCGACUCCUGAAGCUGUCAGUGAAAACGCAGCAGACUCUGACUCGACGGGACUGCAAGACAGCGUUGCUCUUCGGUCCAAAUUGUGGAUCGAUCCGCCAGAAUCAAACCACACUGACAAAAAACAGGAGGCGUGUGCUCUGAGCCUCCCUGGUAGCCAAACGUCCAUCAAAUCAUGUAGUCAGAACUCAGAACUCUCAGACCACCAUCACAGUCACAAAGGCAACGGCACACUUUCAGACUCAGAGAGGCUCAGAGCGGCUGAAUCGGCAGCACAGGUCCUCCAGCCGUCUCCCUCGGACGCCACCUUCUCUUGCACAAGCACAGACAGCAGCGACUGACUGCCCUGCAUCAGUGCCUUGAAGGGAGUAAAAGGGUGAUUCUCCUUAACGGGGGGAAUUAAACACAUUUGCCUUCUGUAUGUGAACCAAUAGGGAAAAAAGUCUGUAUCUUCUACCAGACAGUGUAAUGAAUGUGCUUCGGUUUAGCAAAUAACGAGCGUCUGGACUGAUCAUGAGACUAAAUUGUGACGGAUUAUCAUGCGAGAAAUUGUAAAGAAAUUCUAAUUAAAUAAUAAUAAUCAUGUGUAACUACAAAUCGGUGAUCUUGCAUCAACAUGUGCUGAAUUCUAGCAGGUUACAAGAACAGAUGUUUACGUAGAGACGCGGCGUUUUGGGUUGUUUUCAUUUCAAUUAUUUUCCUCGUAGUCCUCAUGUGUAGCAUCUUUGUGAAAGCAAACGUGGCAGAAAGCUUUUGUCUUUGUUAUUCAUGAAUCAGCCUUUUGUACUGCAAAUAUUCUCUGUCUCCCAGUAUUAAAUUACUGCUGUGAACUUGUACUUCUUUUUUUACUGUAUAUUAAUAAUAAAACCAUGACAGGUGCACA